UGAUGCUUGUCCAGACGAGUUUCUUGAUCGACAACGAGAACCAAUUCCUGCUGAGGAAUUCAUUAAGAUACUCACCACCGCACACAAAUGGGCCGUGGACGAGGACAAACAGUUCCCACAUUUGAGUUCGCCAUCUCUUGGAGGUGAACUUGAUAAAAAAGAGUUUCCCAACAAGAGGAUUUGUUUUUCGUAUAGAAGAAGCAAAGAAGAUGGAGAACCACAAGGGCACGCACAUCAUGAACUACAUAAAGGGGAUGCCCGGGAAGACCCACAUCAAGAGCCAGCUCAUGAAGAAGAUGCCAAAGAUGAAGAUGCUGAGCAAGCGGCCUUGGAACUGCGUCUUUGCUAGAGAAGUGAUAUCGCUUUGACCGUUCUUGCGUUCUCGUGCGAAGCGAGUUCAUAUUUUCCAAAAGGCACCACAUUAAAUGCAAACAGAAAAAGAUGGAAGUGAUGAAGUGAAGAACUGAAAAAAAAAUCUAAGAACAAUCCCCGCUCCCUCAUGCACUUAGGUAGCCCCUCUACCUCACGAAUAGGUACAUCAAUCAAUCAAUAAAUCAAUCAAUCAAUCAAUCGACCGCGUUUCCGACAACGAACUCCACUAGUCCUAGCACCACAAGACAACAAGUAGCACUUCAAGCAGAUUCGAUCGUUGAAGAGUAGUACAUGAUAGAAGGCACCUCCAAAAAUGUAAAGUUGUUUCCCACGGACACAGUUAACAAGUAGAAAAAUAACGAUACUGGCACUGGCUAUAACGUGAACGAUAGAUAUGCUCGUCAUAUUGUAUAGAAGAGGUGGAAGAUUUUUAGCGGUGAAAUAUGUGUGCUGUUGUGGUAAUUGAUAGGCAAGAGAAGCGUUUACCCUUUGAAGAAAUCGAUCCAAAACAUCGUGGAAUCUUUCAGCCUUGAGUUGUUGUCUUCCAUAUGUCUAUUGAGUAUGUUGUUUGUGCAGGGACACGGAAUCAGAAACCUUUUGAUAUGAUGGACCACGAGGUAACCUGACAAAUGUCAUGACCUGCUGCUUGG